UGGGUGUUCAGAGUUGAGGCUUUCCUGGGCAUACGUCAGUACGUGGGUGUCUAGUUUGUCAGGGUUCCUGGCAACCCCGGUCCAUUGAGGCGGCUGGGCAGGGCGGUGACGUCACGGCCGCGCCGCGCACGCGCCCCCGUAUCGAGCGGCUCACUCGCCGCCUACCGCUCCGCCCGACACAUUUUCCCUCCGUACCAGUAGCUUCACGAGACCGUAAUACAAGAUGGCUGGCGCGGCUAGUGUGCUAUGACAGCUGGUGGUUAUGUGUGUAUAGAUGGUACGCGAGUCCUGGGACGGUGGGUGCGAGCGACGGCCGCCCAUGUAACCCGGCUACUGUAAUGAGUGGGUACAGCAUGUCGAGCGGCGGCGAGUCGGACGCGCUGUCGCGGCGGCUGCGUGAGGCGGAGCGCGCGCGGGCCGACGCCGAGCGCGCGCACGCAGACGCGCUGGCGCAGCUGCGGAACGCGCAACGUUCGCCGCUCGACGCGCACAACGUCGAACAGCUGCAGUCGAGGGUACGGGAGUUGGAGAAGAAGGCUGCAUUGGAAACUGUCCGUUGCGAAGAACUUCAGUUGGAGAUGUCAUCGGCGAUGCGCCCGCGCGGCGCCACCACCACGUCGUGGACGACUCCCAUCGCACAACCUGCCUCGGAAAUUGAACGAAUCAUGGCGAAGAUCGAGCAAGACAAUCGAAUCUUGGCUGAAUUGGAACAUACUAGAUCUACCACUCAUGGUAGGUUCUCCAUAGGCAUGCAACAAAGUGGAUCUAAUCAGGCCCUGGGGGAAUUCCAUUCACCGACGCCAUCACCUCACCCCCACUCGUACACGAGCACGACGGGGCACGUAGCACUGUGUCAGAGCAGCACCAUGCCCACUCUGUCGGGGCUACACGCCACGCAGUCGCAGUUCACGGCCCCCAGCUCCAACUCCGUCGCCUACUCCAUGGGCGUUCACAACCCGACCUCAUACUCGAACCCCGUAGCCUCGAGCUACGGAAUGACCAACACUCAUCAAGUCACGUUCACCAACCCAGUUACCGCUCCUCUAGUUAACAAUAUAGGUCAAAUUUCAAGCACCCUGGCAGGACUGCAGUCAAAUUUACAAAACAUAACCGGAAACGUAUCGGGAAUGAAUCUCGGCACGAAUAUUACCGGACCGUCUAUCACUGGCACGCUCCCAGGAACCGGUCUGACGAGCUGUUUGAAUAAUCCACCUGUAAGUUUGUCGUCGGGAUUAACGAGUACAUUGGCGGGAAUACAAUCAUCAUUAACGGGAGCUCUCGGAAACACGCUCUCGAAUCUAACAAGUGGUACUCAACUCGGUGCAUUAAAUACGAGUUUAAAUGCGACGAAUGCAUUCGGAACGGGCGCCGGGACGUACACGAAUCCUCUGCUAUCAAGCGGUCUGGGAACUAACGCUAUGAAUAUUAAACUUAAGCCGAUGGAUGAAAUUGAUCUCGGAUUAUCUAGGUUCGGAACGAGUAAUCCGCCAUUAGUUAGAGCGACCACACCCGUAACUCCGCACCAACCGAGCUGGAACUUAGGUUUAGAUAACCAAUUUGGAACUGAUAGACUAGGAACCUUAGAUUCGACGUUCUGCCACGACCGGGGUACGAGAGCUAUAAGACUUUUACCGAAUAAUAUGUUGGAUAUGGACGUACGUAAUACGCAUUAUAUGAAUGGCGGCGGCUCAGCAGAGCCUCAAGUUGAUAUGUUGGAUAUACCUGGAAAGGGCAGAUGUUGUGUUUAUAUUGCAAGAUUUUCUUACGACCCACCAGACGUUGAGACAGCAGAGGGAGAGCUAUCAAUAUGUGCUGGAGACUAUCUGCUUGUGUGGGGUCAAGCUGAUCCCAAUGCGACAAUGCUUGACGCAGAAUUACUUGACGGAAGACGCGGCCUUGUGCCAGCCAACUUCGUACAAAGACUAGUUGGAGACGACCUUUUAGAAUUCCAUCAGGCCGUUGUUGCUACAUUGAGAGACGUAGACGAAACAGCAACUACUGCUAUUAGCGACUUAUCACUCAGUCGAGACGUGGCCAGACUUAGUGAAAUGGCCGAUAUCAGUGAAGGACCAGAAGACGACGAUAAUGUGCCGGCGCCACGGCAGCUGAGCUUGGAGAGACAGCUGAACAAGUCGGUGCUGAUCGGCUGGACGGCGCCCGAAGGGGUUCAGCAGGCCAACAUCGAGAGCUACCAUGUGUACGUCGACGGAGUCCUGAAGACGACGGUCAAAGCGACGGAGCGCACACGAGCGCUCGUCGAGGGUGUGGAUGCUAACAGACCUCAUCGCAUCAGCGUGCGGUCCGUGACGGCGACGCGACGUACCUCCCGCGACGCCGCCUGUACGAUGGUCAUUGGUAGAGACACUGGUAACAUGGGCCCGACGUGCGUUAGAGCGAGCGGCGUCACCUGCUCCCAAGCUAUCAUAUCAUGGCUACCGGCUAAUUCUAAUCAUCAACACGUCGUUUGCGUUAACAAUGUCGAAGUGCGAACUGUCAAACCGGGUGUAUACCGUCAUACAAUCACUGGGCUAUCACCGAGCACGCAGUAUCGAGUUACCGUACGGGCUAAACACUUACGAGCUGGCCCCCCCGGUAUGCCCAUAGAAGAAGCACCCGGCGCUUACACCGACUUCCGAACGCUACCCAAAGGACUUCCGGACCCACCGAACGAAAUCAUGGUGGAAGCUGGACCCCAGGACGGCACUCUGCUAGUGACAUGGCAGCCGGUGCUCCGACCGCCCGCGUCCGGCCCCGUUACCGGAUACGCAGUAUACGCCGACGGCAAGAAGGUGACCGACGUAGAUUCGCCGACGGGCGAUCACGCGCUCAUCGAUAUUGGCAAACUGAUUGGCCUCAAUCCCAAAUGUGUCACUGUGCGAACUAAGUCUCGAGACAGCCAAUCCAGUGAUAGCGCUCCGACCCCUAUUCCACCGGCCGUGCUUCGAGGUGUGGCAUCGCGGGGCCCCCGGGGACCAGGCCCAGGGCAAAUUCCGGGACAAAAUCAACAGGCUCAAGGCUAUCGAAUGCAACGCCCCCAACCUUAUCAGCAGCAGCAGCAAGUAAUAGAGCACGAUGAAAACCUCUCCGAUAAGGAAAUCUUCCCCACCAAUCGUCACGAUCAGCAGGCGGCAGCUCAGCCUACGAGCGGAUUCGGCACAGGUCUCCUAAAGAGUAUAUUCGACAAAAUAACCCCUUCGCAAUCGGGAAUACCGGCCAUCGAAAUCACUAGAGAGGGUGCGGCGGAGGUGGUUGAGGAGGAGGACGCGCGCCGACGCCCGCAGCAGCAGCCGUCCCAACCUGCACAAGCGUCGCAACAGCCUUCAAAUCAGCAGUACCAGAAUACACAAGCCUACCAUGGCACGCAGCAACCCCCCUUUCCUCCGGGCGGCCAGUUUCCAAGUAACCAGCCGCACCAAUAUCCCGGUCAGUCGCAGCAGUAUCAGAACCCUCCGCCUAGAAACCACAACGAAAGGGGUCGCCCACCCAACCCACAUCAGCAAAACCCACAAGGUCAACAAGGUCCCAUGCCCCAAUACGGUCCCCGUGGGGGCCCUCCGGUAGGCCCUAGAGGCCCACACCCUGGCCAGCGAUCGCAAAUGCAUCAACCUCACUCCCAAUCAAAAAGAAGCCGCUACUUCAUAGCAUUAUUCGACUACGACCCAGCCACGAUGAGUCCAAACCCGGAAAGCUGCGAUGAAGAGUUGCCCUUCAGUGAAGGAGACACAAUCAAGGUUUGGGGAGACAAAGACGCCGAUGGAUUCUAUUGGGGCGAGUGUCGUGGUCGGCGAGGAUACGUGCCGCACAACAUGGUGGAGGAGGUCUCCGAGCAGGAGGCCACCGGCCAAGCCGCCGCCAAGCCGAGAGACAGAUGGACGGACGCGUACGCCAACCAGCCCGUCAGGAGAAUGGUCGCUCUGUACGAUUACGACCCGCAGGAGCUCAGUCCCAAUGUAGACGCCGAUGCGGAGCUAAGCUUCCAGACGGGUCAGAUAAUUCACGUGUACGGAGAUAUGGAUGAUGAUGGAUUUUAUAUGGCUGAAAUCGACGGCUUGAGAGGACUAGUCCCUAGCAACUUCCUAACGGAGGCUAACGAUCAAUACACGGCAGGACAAACUAGUCAAGGAGCAGGAAUGGCGGGGCGAGGUGCAGUACCGGGAGGCAGCGUCCCGGGAGGCGGGCAGGGGCGAGGGCGGGGCGCGCCCCCCGGGCCAGGGGCGAGGGGCCCGCCCCCGCCCCCGCGGGACAACGUCGCCCCCGCGCCGAGAAACCACCACCGGAAAACAGAUGCCUGCCCUCUUCCCCCUUCUCAGUUAGACCACAACACAUCCGCCAGUAAUCCAGAACAGGCGAAUUCUCAGUCGAGGGGGAGAGGCGCGGCGGCGGCGGCGGCGAGCACGAUCGCGCGCACGAGCGCUGGUAACGCGGGCACGCCGACCGCGCAGUCGCCCGGCACCGGCGCGACGCUGGCCAUGCCGCCCGUGGGCACCACCACCGCCGUGAGCACGUCGCCCGCGCGCCGCGGCGGCCCCACCGUGGUGCCGGCGCCCACCGCGCAGCCCCCCGCGCCGCAGCCCGCCGCCGGCCAGCCGCAGCCCGCCACCUCGCAGCCCAACCUCAUGCAGAAGUUUACGGAGAUGACGGCGCCCGGCGGCGACAUCCUCAGCAAGGGCAAGGAGCUCAUCUUCAUGAAGUUCGGGCUGGGCGGGAAAUAACGCCCGCCCGCCCGCGCCCCCCGGGACCCCGGAGAGUUCUGCUGCCGCGUCUCCGUCGGGAUAGCGUCGGAGGCGCGUACAUUUUUCUACUUUAGGCUACGUUCUAUUUAUCCUUACCCGUUUUCCUACGAAUUCGUUGUAAAUAAUUUAAAUGAAUCGAUAAACGCACAGUUUAGUGGAUAUACGAAAUAUAUAUUAGCGAGUUCUCGAUCGUACGCACGGUCGGAGAUCCGACACCCGAGUUAGCUAGGAUUCGUUACCCUUUGAUUUCGUACCGAGUCUGUAGCGUCGUCCUCGGCGUCGUCGAUCGAGCGGAGACCGACGACGAGCGAAGAGUAUCAAUGUGAUUAAACUUAUAUUAUAGCGUUAGAUAAUUUCGGCUUCGUUGUAUCUCCUCGACUAUUAUUCGGUAUCGAGUAUAAGCGACUGUUGCAUCUCCUCGAGUAUUAUCUAGCGGUCGCGAGCGAGCGGUCGCCGGGUAUCGGUCCCGGAAAUGUUCCCCUCCUAUAUAUAUUACGUCCGAGGACUCGACCGCCGAGCCGCGACAUCCCCGCGACCGUCCUCGCCGAACGUAUCCAACCUUCUAUAUCGACUUGGCAAUAAUGUAUGAAUGCGUGUGAUCAUGAUUAACUGUUACAAAUGUUUAUAAUGAUGUUAAAAGAUGUCAGUAAAUGUACCUAAAAUAUUUAACAAAUGUUGUAAUCUGUUGUUCGAAUGCGGUAUCUAAGUUAGGUCGGUAUCAUUAUAUUAAGCCUAAGGUCCGAACGUAGCCGGUGCGCUACUCUCUUGUCGUCUAGUAGUUUGAGUUCGCGUGAUCGGUUUUUAUAUUCGACGAUGUUCGUUUCUUUUCUACUACUGUUUUCUACGUUGCGACAGAUAGCGAGCUGGAAAUGGAGGACGAGUUCUUAGCGUUACUUGGAAUUACGUUCCCCCUUACACGAAAAUUCUGUGAUAGUAGUCAUGAUACCAUCCUCAUCGCGGACAGACGUUUCAUUACUACUCACAUUAAAAUUAAGAGAUACGUGACAUAGGCGACACUUGUUCAUCGAAAAAUAGAGGUCUGAAAAACGAAUAUCGAUACAAUUGCGAGGUCAAGCCGACUUAUGUGAGUUUAAUUGAUCAAUUGUAUCGAUUGAUACACAAUUUUAACUUUCAGUUCUUAAAAAAGGACUAUCGAAUUAUGUUGCGUUAACAGUGAAGCCUAUGUCAUGGAACACUAAUAAAUAUCUACUUAUAAAAAUAUCCACUAAAAGAGCAUUGUAAAAAUAAAGUAACUGUCCUUGUCGUCACGUAUACGUGGUCUCGAGAUGUUGUGGGUUCGAUUCUUUGAAGUAUAAAUGUUACAAGUUUCUAAAUGUUCUUUUAUAGCAUAAUUUAUAAUAUCGCAUUAAAAUACUUGUGAUUGUGUCGAAUAUAAUCUCGGUAAGGAGAUAAUUAUCGCGAGAAAAUAAAAAUGUUCACUUACUUAAAUUAUUAAUUAAGUAAACAUUU